CACAAACACACCGGAAGUUGUUUCAUAUUCGGCGUCUGGACAUGCGCUUUGCUGACGGCUAGCUGCUUCCGGGAAAUUGUAAACUGAUAUUCUGUGGUGAGACGGCUGGCUUCCGCUCACGUCGCCAUCGGCAACAACGUAUAUUCUAGUCACGGCAGCCGCUCUCUUGCCGACGGAGAGAAUGUAAGAUUUCCCGCGCGUGAGCGUAUCAGCGACGACGACGAGCGACUUGCGUGAGCCGGCAGACUCGCAGCCAUGCGCGACUUGGAGCCGGUGUACAAGCUUCGUAUCUACAUAUCCGUGCCGGGCGUGUCGUCCGUCCCCAGUCUCGAUCUACGUGCGACCAAGUUCACCACAGCUCAGGAGCUUCUUACGAAGCUUGUUAGAUUGCUCCACCUGUCCGACCAGGACAGGUAUGAGCUGGCCGAGGUCGUCGGCCCGCCGGGGCAGGACUGCAAGGAGCGCCCUCUGGAAAAGUCCGAGCAUCCCGUUCAGGUGCAUCUACUGUGGCCAAAGGCGGGGGAGUCGAGCGACAAUGUCACGUCGUACAGGUUUUCUUUCAGGGAGCAGGCGCGCGAGCUUCCGCCCGACACGUCGUGGCUGGACGUCGUCGACUACGGCGAGGUCGACAAGGUCAUCGGCGCCUUCCUGCGGCAGCCGGUCAGCCGGGAGUUCGCUGACCUCUGCAACCUUCCGGAGAUCAGCGAGCGUCUGCUGCUCGACAACCUGCGCGGGCGCUUCGCGCGCGGACACAUCUACACGUACGUCGGCUCGAUCCUGAUCGCCGUCAACCCGUUCCGCUUCUUCCCGAUCUACAACCCAAAGUAUGUUGCGCUCUACCAGAACCGCCGCCUCGGCGAACUGCCCCCGCACGUGUUCGCGGUCGCCGACGCAGCGUUCGCGACCAUGCUGCGCGCGCGCGCCAACCAGUGCAUCGUGAUCUCGGGCGAGAGCGGCAGCGGCAAGACGGAGAGCACGAACAUCCUGCUGCACCACCUGACGGCGCUGAGUCGUCGCGGCGGCGGCGCGGCGUCGACGGGCAUUGAACAGACGCUGCUAGGAGCCGGUCCCGUGCUGGAGGCGUUCGGCAACGCGAAGACCGCGCACAACGACAACUCGAGCCGCUUCGGCAAGUUCGUCGAGGUCGAGUACGGCACGAACGGGGUCGUGCGCGGCGCGGUCGUGCGCGAGUACCUGCUCGAGCGCUCGCGACUCAUCUCGCAGGCACGCGACGAGCGCAACUACCACGUCUUCUACCAGCUGCUGGCCGGCGCGGGCGCGGCGGACCGACGCGAACUCUCGCUGCUCCCCGCGGGGCCGGCCGCGUACGCGUACCUCAACCGCAGCGCGUGCGUCACCCUCGUGGGCGUCGACGACGGAUAUGAGUUCAAGCGGCUGCGGCAGUCGAUGGAGAUGGUCGGGUUUCUGGCGCCGAAGCAGCGGCGGCUGUUCGCGGUGCUGUCGGCGAUCCUGCACCUGGGCAACGUCGAGUUUUCGACGCGGGCGAAGCGGUCGAGCAACGCGUACCAGGACGAGACGGCGGUCGUCGCGAACCCGGACGUCGUCGUCAUCGUCUCCAACCUGCUGAAGGUGAAAGAAGAGACGUUGACGACGGUGACGCACGGUGAUGUCGUCUUUGCGUCACACCGCUGUCAUAAUAUCUACCUGUAUGAGCCGAUGAAGGUGAGGCAUGAGGAUGAGGAUGAGGAUGAGGAUGAGGAUGAGGAUGGGCGAAUGAAGGAGUUCCGAGCGAAGAACAACGACCAGAUCCGGCCGGACGUCGUCAGCGUGUUGAAGCGUAGCAGCUUGGCGUUCGUCCGUGAGCUCGUCGGCGUGGAUCCCGUCGCCGUGUUCCGCUGGGCCGUCGUGCGCGCGUUCUUCCGCGCCACCUUCGCCUUCGUCGCCGCCGGUAAGCGCUACAGGGACUCGAACCCGCGGCGGGGCAGCGUGCGUAUCCGCCGCGGCCCCUCGCUCGCCUCCCACCAGCGACCGUCAGUGAUCAACCACCUCCUGCAGCAGCAGCAGCAGUACGCCCGCAACGCGUCCUUGCGCACGCCGCCUGUCAGCGUUUCCACGACGAUACGAAACAUUGAGUCGUUAAACGACGCGGAGGAGCUGGCGGCGGUUAAGCUCAGCCAGCUGCAGGACAACAGGGAGGUGUUUGAGAGGGCCAACAGGAUCAUACAGCGACACAAGGCGAGUCGUAAGGACAGCAAGGGCAUGCGGGACAUGAAGGCAGUGAAGAUCAUCGCGGCUUACGGCACGUACAAGUCGAAGAAGAAGCCGCAGACCGUCUGUUCGCAGUUUCAGUCGUCGUUGAGUCAGCUGAUGGAGACGUUGAACAGAGCGAACCCGUUCUUCGUGCGAUGCAUCCGCUCCAACAUGGACAAGGCGCCGUGCGAGUUCGUAGACGACGUCGUUCUCAGACAGCUCCGAUACACUGGCAUGCUGGAGACUGUGAGGAUCCGACGCGCGGGCUACAACAUCCGUCUCACCUUCGAUGAGUUCAUCCAGCACUACCGCAUCCUGCUUCCCAGGGGACUGCUCAGCUCCCGCAAGGACGUGCAGAAUCUGUUCCAGGGCCUGGGACUGGGGAGCGUCAACUGCCAGCUAGCAGCCCCCUGGUGCGACUUCGCGGCUUCGCCGGCGUUGCCAGCGGCGCCGGUCCGCGUACUCCAGCCUUCCGCGGCGAUCGCGCUUGUGCAUCUCCCGCGCUGCCGGCUCCUGAUGGCGAUCAUCGCCGGCGGCAAGCGAGCCGGGCGACCCCGCCUCGAGCCACAGAACUGGCUCGGCACAUCACACAUAGUUUUCUCGGCGGAGAGCUCGAUGCGUGGUCCGGCCACCGCCGGCUUGGCCCUCCGCGUACGAUCGCGCGACGUACGCCUGCCUCCGUCGCUCGGUCGCGCACCGCGAGCGAGAACGGUGGACUUCAUUAGUGUCCCUUCGCGAGUCGCCGCGCGCGGCCACGGCGUUCGUCGUCGACGAUCGCUCCGCGCUGUCGCGACUUGCGACCGCGCGCUCGUCGCCUCCGCCGCGCGACGUGCCCGUCCGCCGCCGCGCCGCCUGGCCGUGCCCGGCUCCGCGUCGUCGGCGUCGUCUCGAAGGAUCCGCGUGCCUGUCCUCCGGAGUCCGGGUCCGUUGCCGGGGUUUGCUGCGUCACCGGAGCAGGUCCUACCUGGCUCGUGUCUUGCGUCAGCAGCCGCUUCCGUCACUCUGGCGACAGCUCUCUCCUUGCUGGGGCCGGCGGCGGGCGACACGCGGGCGGCGGGCGACGACGCCGCGGGGCCGUGCUGCCGCGGCGGCGCCCCGGCUCGUCGAUGCGGGGGAGCGUACUUUUCGGCGGCCGGCGGCGGCGCAGGGGGGUCCGGCAUGCUGAUAAGCACCAAGUCAAUCGUGCUGCGCGGCUCGGUCGCCCCGCGGCCUGCCGUUGCUCGCCCCGCAUCCGCCACGCAGGUUCCUCCGUGCACUCGUCCGCAGCGGCUGAACGCUGGUACCCUCGCGUCGCGAGGCGCCGCCGCACCACGUCUGCAGCAUCCCGCGCCGAUUCUCCCGCUGCGUCCGAUGGCGAUCAUCGCCGCCAACGGCCGGGCGACCCCGGCCCGACGCGCGCUGCGGCGCACCAUCAGCUGUUUUCGCGGAAAGCUGCCGACGAGGUCACGGCACCGCCGCGGCUUGCCCUCGUACGAUCGCCGCGACGCGCCUCCUCCUGGUCCGGCGGCGUCCCGACGACGACGGAGAACCGACUGCGACGUUCUUCAUUUGUGUCCCUUUCGCGAGUCGGCGCGCCUCCUGCACGGCGUCUCGUCGACGAUCGCUCCCGCGCUGCCGACUUGCCGAACGCGCGUCAGUCCCUCCGCCGCCGACCGUCGCCGUCGCCGCCAGCGCCCCCUGGCGCGUCCGGCUCCCGUCGUCGGCGUCCUCGAGGAUGCCGCUGCUUGGUCCUCGGCAAGUCGCGCUCGUGCCGGGGAGCUGGCGGUCACCGGGAGCAGGUCCUCCUGGCUCGGUUUGUCAACGCCCUCGUCACUCUGCGACCAGCUCUUCCUUGCUGCCGCGGCGCGUCGGCGGACCCCGGCGGGGCGCGACGGACCCGGGGGCCGUCUCCGCGGCGCGCCCGGCUUCGUCGAUCGUGGGAGCGCGACUUGUUUCGCGGAAACCGACGGCGUCCGGGCGCGGCGGGGGGUCCGGCAUGCUGAUGAGCACCAAGCGGUCGUCUCGGCGCCAUCUGGUGGCCGCAGCGUAGACAGCGGCACGCAGUUUGCGGACGCGUUGAGCCGUCCGAUCGCGGACCGCGCCGAGCUUCAGCACCUCAACGCGUUCGUCUACCAGAAGAUCAUCGAUAUGUCGGUAGAGCGCGCCACCGGGCCGCCGCGAGAGGGCGCCGCCGAUCGCGUGUUCCGCCGCGCGCUCUCCGACUUUCACCAGAACAUGGUGAGCACCUACGUCACGAUGCGCGACGACGGCGGAGGAGGAGGAGGCGGAGGAGCCGUUGCCGCGGCGAUGUGUUACCACGACGUGCUGCGCAACUUUGAGCAGACGCUGAAGAACGUGGCGCGGGUAGAGGGCGCCGGCGCGGCGGCGUUCCCCGUCGGCAUCGGCAUCAACGCGUUCCGCGGGUUCCUCGAUGAGUUCAUGCGCCUCUACCAGACGAAGGAGGACCGCUUCAAGGAUCUGGAGACGGCGGUGGGACGGCCGCAGCAGAAGAAGAAGAAGAAGAAACAGUAUCUGGAGUACCUCGGGCAUCGGUUCACUACCGUGACGAUGAACAUACCGACCGCGUGUGAGCACUGUGGCUCCUUCAUGUGGCUGAUGGAGAAGGGCCAGGUGUGUCAGGUGAGUUAACGAGCGGCAGGUGUCAGAGUAUCAGGUAUGUUAACGAAGGCAGGGUGAAUAAAGCGUCAGGUGUGUCAGGUGAGUUAACGAGCGGCAGGUGUCAGAGUAUCAGGUAUGUUAACGAAGGCAGGG